AUGAAUGAAGAAUCAAAUGUUGUCAGAAUCUUAGAGCGACACAAAAGAAUAAUCAUUACAUGUUAUGUUCUAUACACAAUUGCUAAAAUAGUAGCUAUCAUAAUUUCUUUAUCAAUCACGGGCUCUGUUGCUAAAUAUGGCAUUGAUUUAUUUCUAGUUAUUUAUUCAGCUAUAGAUGGCUAUGAGAUUUUGUUCUUUUUUAUCCUAGGAAUAUAUAAGUACUGUGCGAAUAUUCCUCUAUCGUUUUCAAUGACAAGAGGAAUUCAGCUGAUUUUAGAAGUGUAAUUUAUAGGUAGUGCCCGUUUGGCGUUAGUGACAAUAAUGGCAAUAGAGAUUUCAAGAAAUUUAUAACUUUUUUCCCUUUAUUAUGGAUUUUUAAUAAUAAAUUAUCUAAUUUAUUUUUUGUAUGGUAUGCAUCUUCUAGAUAAAGCACCAGGCAUAGUUGGAUUAGUUCUGGUAAAUAUUGAGUAUGCUAAAGCUAUUUGUUUUAUUAUUUUUAUAGCAGCAAAUUUCAAAAAUAUCAGAAGAUCAUAUAUCCAUAACUUAAAUUCAGAGCCAGGGAUUUUUGAAGCUACAGAGAAAUUAGAACCGCAUACAAAAAUAAUUGGAAAAGAAUAUUCCUGCCCAAUCUGCUUACUUCCUCACACUUAGAUUGGAACAAAAUUUUGUUCUAAUUUAAAGUAGGUUUAUUUUUUUUUUAAAAAAAUUAUAUUUUAUAAAAUUUUUACAAAUUAAACAUAUAAAUUGAGCCAAAUAUUUUUAUUACGAAUUAAUUAAAAGAAUGAAAUAAUAUUCUAUUUGCACUUUUUCUAUUAAAAAGGUCAAAACUAAUUUUAUAAAAUUAGAAAUUUUUAUUUAUUGGAUUUUUCCUAUUGAAAAAAAUUGUUCCAAUUUAAAGGGAGGUUAAAGGACCUAAAAGUGGAAAUUUCGCCUAUGUUUUGUUCAAAUUUAAGGGGGGAGUUAGAGAUGAUCCGAUUAAAUUCUGUUUGUGUUGUUUUACCAUGUGAUCAUGCAUAUCACCAUACUUGCCUGAAAAAUUGAAUAUAGCAGUUGCCCGAUGAUGGCGCUCAAUGUGCCAUCAUCGGGCAACACCAGACAAGGGUCCACAGUGGAAAUGGGUUCCACGUGUGGAGCCCUUUUUGGCUCGUGGAAAUGAGGAUUCUUCACAUGUUAAAAAGGGCUCCACACGUGGAAUCCAUUUCCACUGUGGACCCUUGUCUGGUGUUGCCCGAUGAUGGCGCAUUGAGCGCCAUCAUCGGGCAACUGCCAUAAUUAUUCGGUGCAUUUGUCCUAUGUGUAGAACAGCUAUUUAA